AAUUCUGAACUCUAGAAUUGGACGGUCCGGACCUGCUAUGGGAACCAGGCGCCGGACGGUGAGGUCUCUGGUGGCGAAGCUGACGAGGGCCGCCACUCCUGACCGCGAGCAGGCGGAGGCUGUCGCGGAGCUUCGUCUCCUCUCGAAGGUCGACGGUGGCAGCGGCGGAGGUAACGCCGACGGAGACGACUACCGCCUCGCCAUCGCCGAAGAGGGAGCGAUCCCUUUCCUCGUCGGCGCCCUCCGGAGCGAAGACGCUACCCUUCAGGAGAACGCCAUCACCACGCUCCUCAACCUCUCCACCCUCGCCCCUAAUCGCGAGCUUAUCAUGUCUGCCCGCGGCCUCUCUGACGCCAUCCUACACGUUCUCCGCUUUGGCGCCACCUCCUCGGCCGUCCGCAACGCUGCUGCCACCGUCUACAGCCUCCUGAUCGACGAACCCUUCCGCCCGAUACUCGGCAGCAAGCCGGAAAUUGUUUCCGCCGUCGUCGACCUCCUUCGCUCGCCAGACGCCGGCCCAAUGACCACCAAGGACGCCCUCAGGGCUCUCUUCGUCAUGGCCCUCUACCCUCUCAACCGCCCCAAAUUGGUAGACUCCGGCGUUGUUCCCGCGCUCUUCUCCCUCCUAAUUUCUUCGCCGAUUGCCGGAAUCGUUGACGACGCAACCGCCGUGGCAGCGCAGGUGGCUGGGUGCACCGAAAGCCUCGACGCGUUCAGGGCGGUCUCUGGGAUCAGGGUUCUGGUCGCCUUGCUGGAGAGCGGGUCCGGCAGGGCGAAGGAAAACGCUGCGUCUGCUCUACUCAACUUGGCCCGUUGCGGCGGAGAUGAAGCUGUGCGGGAGAUCCUAACCGUCGACUCCGUCGUUGCCGCAGCCACCGAUCUCGUUGAUGUUGGGAGCGAGAGGGCCAGGAGCAAGGCGAGCGCGUUACUCUCCAUCUUGGGCGUCCAGGAUAUCCUUCAUCCCCUCUCUGACGGGUCGAACUAUUGAUGAUUCUUUGUUGGUAUACUUAAUUUGGACGAAUUAUGAAUCUUCUUGUCCAGUUUUCGCGUCUUGUAUAUAAUAUAUGUACACUCACUCAGGCUCACACAUUUGAUAAUUGUUAUUGUAUAAUUUUCUUUCUGAAGAAAUGAAAACGAUUUGGUUCA